AUGCAACUAGUCUCAUGGGCUCGGGAGCCUCACUUUUUCGUGGACCAGCGUGAUGACCAAGCACAGAGAUCAGCCUGGCCUCUGGACAACGCUGGCUACCCUGGGAGCUUCGCUUCUCCCAAUACUUUUGGCAGAAGACCCCACCUGACAAUUACAAUUAGCAUUGCCAUUAUAGUUGUUUUGUCGGCUGUUCUGACAGUCUACGUUUGCCUCCUUCCCAGGAGCAUGAGGAAAUGGAAGGCUCCAAUUAUCCGUCGGCUUUCGUCCAGUGAUGAUAGAAGCGAAGACGAGUGCCAGGACUUGCUGGCCUCACGGAACACAGAGGGCGAGGAAGAGAACAUGGAGCCCUCGCAGCCCGUAACUAUCUUGGACGGAUCACGCUCAGGACUGACCAGUGGACGAAGGAAAAGGAACCAUAGCAGGGGUGCCGCAGUCGAGGAAGGGAAACGAGCAAAGAGGCCAUGGAGAGAAUAUGGACAGGACACUACAAGUAAAGGUCAAGGCAUCGAGGAUGCCCCAUCACCUUUGGCUUCGGAGCCUUUUCCCUCCAGCACUCACGCACUGCUUAUGGAAUCUCCCUUCAGUCCAUACCUGUCUGCCGAAGGUGGAGUACCGGAAGUAGAGACCUCAGAGGACGCUGAAUCUGCUGGGCCUGACUGGCUAGACAUUUUCGUGGGCUCGCCACCAGCCAUUGAAGAGUGGUUCGUGGACUUCUUUCUAGAUCCGUCCUCGACGUCGCUCUCGGCCAUAGACAGGGAGACGUUCGGUGAUACAGUACAGCAUGAUGAGAGGGAAGACAGUUCACCGGCUUACAGUGUGGCCUCUGCCACUACGGAACAGGAAGAAGGAUUUGCGGGGCUGCCAGGAUUCCUGCGGUUGGCUUUGCAGAAAAGAGGAGCGGAUCAGAAUCACCGGAGAAGUUUCGGAUCCCUGCGGAACAUUCAUAUGCCGCUGCUGCACCGCCCCCCAGCCCUCCUAAUACCUCUCAGCCUUCCAUGCAUGCACAGACACCAAAGCUGUGAUUUGUUUGCUAAGGUGGCGGGCAACUGCCCGGAUCCAUUACAUCACCCCUUCUAUAGCCUACCGAGGGUCGGUCAACGAAAACAUAUGGAGCCGUUCGAUUUUAGGAGAGCGCGAGGCUUCCCUCGUUUGAAACCGCUUUCCGAAGUACUGACGCCGGUUCGGGUCCUGCUACGCAAGUCAAAACUUGAACAUGAAGACCUCCAGCAAUUGAUUAUCUUGGCCGAGAAACUCGUCCAGUGUGCAUUUGGUGUGGACAAGGUUCUUGAGAAAGCUCUCUUACCGUCUCAACUCGCUGAGCCACUCACGCGCCGUUUUCUCUUGGCGGAUGGUUUGUGGUCCAUUUGCGAACUGGUUGGUGCACCAAUGAAGAAGGAAGAGUGGUGGCCUUUUCUUGCGGCGAAGCUGUUGGACAUUCCCUCAGCGCAGCGGGCUCGUUUGAAUCGCCAUUCGCUCUCUCAUAAGUUGCUUGCGGCGUUAGAGGUAUUCGCAACUGGGGCGCGUCCUGAUGCAUGCACAGUCGUUCAACUGAAACGAGAAAUUUUCUGUAGUCGGAGCGCCCCAACUGUUUUUCGCGCUAAUCCAUACAAUCCGUGGAGAGAAGACGAUAUGUGCUGA